CCUGUUAGAGAAUAUUUUUAAUGUUUACCCUACCCUAGUAGUGUGGCUAACAGGAGGGAUAUUGAUAAGAUUAAGUGGAUAGAGAGAGACUUACUAGUAAUAUGAUAUAAUUAAUCUUGACUAGUCUAGUCGGCCAAGCCCUGCAGUUACAAUUCAUUUCACCCUCUAGAGUUACAUAACAAAGGAACGCACCAAAAAUGAGUAUUGUACAUACUGUGUGCUACAUGUCAUACCCCUGUUUACAAAAUCGUCCCAUAUAUUGCCCCCCUGGUUUUACCUGACCUUGUUAUUGACACUGGUUUGGACGUAGCCUAGUUUGCGCCCUCAUAUUGUAGUGUCAAUGGCAAUGUAAUGUGAUAUGGUCACAUAUCUUCCACUGUACAUUAUACACGCUGGCUGCACCUCAGAUAAAUUCAAGUCUUUGGGAGUAUUGAAAGAGAUAAAGAAGAAUACUAGGAAACAGGCUGACAUUUAUUGUGGAAAAAACAGCAGGAGAAUUCUUAGUGAAAGCGCCCAGAUCAAAAUUAAGAAGAAGAAAAAUCAAAAGUGAAACCCUUUGUGGAAUUAAAAUAUUAAGAAGGAAAACUCCAACAGCUGAGGAAUAUAUGUGAUAAAAUAUAACAUACCAUUUAUUUUAGUUUUAUACCCAUUGCUACCUCUGAAAAAAAUCAGAACCAAAUAACUACAACAUUUAUGAGAAGUCUUCUUUAUUUAUCAUUUAUUGAGUUAAGUGUAUUAAUCCCAGAAGCCAACCUGAAAAGGUGACUGUACUUAAAAAAAUUGUCUUUCAUCAGUCAACUUUAUCAGUUGUAUGUUUUGUAAGAAAAACUAAAAAAACAACUCAGCAUGAAGGAAAAAGAGCAUAAAAAUCCCAACAGUAUAGAACUGAUGGGUUACAUACCAGCACAACCCCAGUCAGAUUCAAAUGGAGAAAUAAAACAAAAUAACAAUUCAAAAAGAAACGGCGAGCCUCACUACACACAUCACCGUGUAGACUUUAAGGAUGAGGAUGAUGAUGAAGGAGGAUUUACGGAGAUUCCUUUAAAUGGAAGAGCGGACCCCGCGUCUUCACAGCCUGUGGAUCAUACUGAGGUGGAUGUAGAGGUGAAACAACCCAAGUGGAAAUUUUGGCUUAAAAAGCCAAAAGAUGGAGAAGAGAAACCUGCUAAACAAGAAAUAAAACGAGUUGGAUUUUUUGAAUUGUACCGUUUUGCUGACAAGUUUGACGUGUUGCUGAUGUUGGUGGGGACUCUGUUCUCUAUGGUGAUAGGCUGCGGGUUUCCUGUUAAUAUCCUGGUCUACGGAAACGUAGCCAAUUUAUUUAUAAGUGACGCUAUUAAUCUGAAUAUGAAUGCUACUAGUAACUACACAGCAACAAGAGACAUCUUCACGGAAAUUGUAUUCUUUUCAAAAUUUUUUGCCGUCGUGGCAAGCGUGGUGUUGGUAAGUGGAUACCUCGCUGUGAUGUCGUGGUCGUGGACGGCAGAACGUCAGACUCGGAGGAUAAGAACGCUGUUCUUCAAUGCCAUAUUAAGACAGGAUAUACAGUGGUUUGAUACCCACGAGGUCGGGGAGCUGAAUACCAGGAUAUCAGAUGAUAUCUCCAAAAUUCAUGCUGGCAUGGGGGAGAAAAUGGCGACCUUCCUCCAGUGGAGUACGACCUUCGUUGCGGGCUACGUCCUUGGUUUUGUUGAGGGCUGGAAGCUAACGUUGGUCAUCCUUGCCAUAUCACCACUGUUAAUCUUGGCCUCGGCUUUUGUGGCUAUAUCCAUGCGUAAGUUCACUGCCACAGAGUUGAAGGCGUAUGCAAUGGCGGGAGCAGUAGCGGAGGAGGUGCUGGGAGCCAUACGAACUGUGGCCGCAUUCGGGGGAGAGAAGAAAGAAGUGGAAAGGUACUCUGCUAACCUCCAGGAGGCUCAGAAAGUUGGGAUCAAGAAAGGCAUCAUCUCAGGGGCGGGCCAGGGAAUGAUCUGGAUCAUCAUCUUCAGCGCCUUUGCCCUGGCUUUCUACUACGGCGGGACACUGAUCAGAAAUGAGGGUUUUUCUGGAGGACAGUUGCUAAUGGUAUUCUUUGGUGUCCUAAUGGGGUCCAUGUCCCUGGGUCACGCCGCCCCCAACUUGGAGUCCUUUGGUAACGCCAGGGCAGCCGCUGCCAUAGUGUACGAGAUCAUUGACCAGGUCCCAGAGAUAGACAGUAGAUCUGAGGAGGGCCUGAAGCCUGAGGAUGUCAAGGGAAAUGUGGAGUUUGAUAACGUUGGGUUCCACUAUCCUUCCAGGUCUGACGUCCAGAUUCUGAAAGGUCUCUCCUUCAAGGUCAAUGUUGGGCAGACGGUGGCACUGGUGGGGCCCUCUGGUUGUGGGAAGAGCACCACAGUACAGCUGAUCCAGAGGUUUUAUGACACCAUCAGAGGAGCAGUGAAGAUAGACGGCCGCGAUGUUCGUUCUCUCAAUGUCAAAUGGCUGCGCCAAAAUAUCGGGGUGGUCUCCCAAGAGCCAGUGCUGUUUGCUACCACCAUCAGAGAAAAUAUCCGCUUUGGCAAAGAGGGCGCCACUGAUGCUGAGAUAGAACAGGCGGCAAGAGAAGCCAAUGCUCAUGACUUCAUCAUGGCUUUACCACAGAAAUACGAGACACAGGUUGGUGAGAGAGGAGCUCAGCUAAGUGGUGGGCAAAAACAAAGAAUUGCCAUUGCCAGGGCAUUGGUGAGGAACCCAAAAAUCUUGCUUUUAGAUGAAGCCACUUCUGCAUUGGAUAAUGAGAGUGAGGCUAUUGUGCAGGCGGCACUUGAUAAGGCCAGUGAAGGUCGCACAACGUUGAUCAUAGCUCACCGCCUGUCAACUAUCAAGAAUGCUGACCUCAUUGUGGGGAUAGGUGAUGGCAAAGUGGUAGAAAUAGGUACACACGAUGAACUCAUGGACCACAGGGGGCUGUACUUUCAACUGGUCACCUCACAGACACGAGUGGAAGAUGAAGACGAGUCAGAGGAAGAAGACAGCUCGGAUGAUGCAAGCACAUUUUCUUCCCAGGAAAUUCCCCGACACUCGUAUUAUCUGGAAGAGAUGGUGGAGGAAUACGUCUUUAAACCUGGGAGUAAAGAGGAAGAAUCCGCAUUGUCUGACUUUGGAAGGCACUUGAUCCAGCGUAUGUCCUCGCGCAGAAGUGUACGCAGUCAUAAGAGUGGUGGAUCACGUGCAAGUUUUCGUCGUAUGACAUCGGCAGAAUCCCAUCGCAUAGAAGAGAUAGACCGGGAAAAGCUGGAGGAAAAUCAGGGUCAGAAGAAAGAAAUUGAAGAAAAACUGCCUGAACCAUCACUGAAGAGAAUCAUGCGUCUUAAUUCGCCUGAGUGGCCCUUCAUUCUGAUUGGUUGCUUUAGUGCUAUUUUCACAGGGGCUGCCCAUCCCUGCUUUGCCAUUCUCAUGGGAGAGAUCUUAAAAGUGUUUGCCAUAGUGGACCCAGAGGAGCAGGCAGCCAGUAUGACUCUGUUCUGUGGUCUUAUCUUUGCUGUAGGAUUAGUCUCUGCAACUUUUCAAACUAUUCAGGGGACCAUGUUUGGAAUCUCAGGGGAGAGGCUGACCAAGAGACUGCGACAUAUGGCCUUUGAGUCCAUGCUCAGACAGGAAAUUGGAUGGUUUGACGAACCCACCAACCAAGUCGGUGCGUUGACAGCACGUCUGGCAACAGACGCCUCAGCUGUCAAUGGCGCCACAGGAAGCCGUCUCUCCACGAUGAUCCAAUCAACAGCCAACAUGGGGACAGCGGUGGUGAUGUCCUUCAUCUUUGGCUGGAAGUUGACGCUGGUGAUCAUUGGUUUCUUGCCCAUCAUGGUGGCAGCGGGGUUGAUCCAGAUGAGGCUGCUCAUGGGGCACAGCAGAGGGGACCAGGUGGCACUGGUGGAGGGAGGGAAGAUUGCUAUUGAAGCCAUUGAGAACAUGCGUACAGUGGCAGCAUUGACGAAGGAGAAGCAUUUCGCAGACAAAUACAGUGGCCAUUUUGUAGAGGUUUACCAAUCUGGACGUCGCAACAGUCAUGUGUCAGGGAUAACAUAUGCCUUUUCCCAGUGUAUCAUCUUCUUUGCAUACGCCGCAGCCUUUAGCUUCGGUGCGUACUUGGUUCAAACGGGAGAGAUGGAGUUCCAGAAUGUUUUCAGGAUCUUUGGUGCCAUAACAUUUGGAGGCAUGGCUGUUGGAAGAGCGUCUGGUUUUGCCCCCGACUACAGCAAGGCCAAGACAGCUGCUGCCAAACUGUUUGCUUUGUUUGAUCGUGAACCAUCCAUUGAUUCUUCUUGCCAAGAUGGAAAGACCAUGGCCAACAUAUCUGGUGAGGUUCGUUUCCAAGAUGCUCGCUUCGUGUACCCAACACGUCCAGAGGUGAAGGUCCUCAGGGGUCUUAAUUUGACCCUUAAACCUGGUCAAACGCUGGCCCUGGUGGGGUCCAGUGGGUGUGGUAAGAGCACCACUAUCCAGCUGAUUGAGAGGUUUUAUGACCCUGUGGAGGGACAAGUGACCCUGGAUGGAUAUAACACCAAGGAUCUCAACCUGCAGUGGCUGAGGGGACAGCUCGGCCUGGUAUCCCAGGAACCUGUGCUGUUUGGCACCAGCAUCGCUCAGAACAUUGCGUACGGAGAUAACUCCAGAGAGGUUCCCAUGCAGGCAAUUAUAGAAGCUGCUAAAGCGGCCAACAUCCACAACUUCAUUUCUUCUUUGCCAAUGGGUUAUGACACCAAUGUGGGAGACAAGGGUGCCCAGUUAAGUGGUGGUCAGAAACAGAGGGUGGCCAUUGCAAGGGCACUGGUCAGAAAUCCUAAGAUACUGCUCCUGGACGAGGCAACAUCAGCUCUGGACACGGAGAGUGAAAAGAUUGUACAGGAGGCAUUGGACAAGGCCCAGGAGGGCAGAACAUGUAUAGUGAUUGCUCACAGACUGUCCACAAUACAGAAUGCAGAUCAAAUAGCUGUUAUACACAGUGGACGUGUGCAUGAACAGGGCACGCACUCUGAACUCAUGGCCAUGCAGUCCAUGUACUACAAACUGCAAAUGGCUUCAAAGAAGGUCCAGAAAGCUUGAAUGCCAUUGGAUGAUUAAGUUUUGUUAACUGUUCUCUGAUUGGAAUAUGUGGCUCUGGUCUCUCUUCUCUCAGCUGUUUGGCUCAGAGCAGACAGUUUGAUGGGUGAUACCUUUGUAUGUAAGGAAUUGAACUAUUUGUUGAAUGGAUUUUGUAACAUCUAUUUUAAUUGGAACACAGCUGACACUUUCAAGAAUCCUCACUUAAUUUUGCUACAUCUGGUUUGAUUGGUUCACAGCUGACACUUAUAAGGAUCCUCACUUUCAUGAUGCAUGAUUGGUGAAUUAUUGUCAAAUGGAUUUUGUUACACUUAUUUUGAUUGGAACACAGCUGACACUUUCAAGCGUCCUCACUAAAGUGACAUUUGAUUGGUGGAACUCAGGGGUAGGUUUUCACGUAUUCUAUCUGAUACAUUCACAGGACAGCCACAGUAGUAUGUUUUAGUGGUAAUAACUACUAGAAGAGUGACUUGUGAAACCAGUUUUUGAUUUCCCAAUUUAUUUUUGGAAGAAUGUUAACAAGAACAGAGGACCUUAAACCUUGAAGGUUUGAUGGCUGCAUCAGCUAUUAUUUGCUAUCUCUAAUUUUGAUAGCAGUACAGUUGGCACUAUCAUGACAGAUAUUUUCAAAAGAAAAUUAACAGCUGUGUAAAGUGUUUAGAUUGGUUUGCAGCUGACAUUUUCAUAAAAGUUUUGUAAAAGGACAUAUGAUUGGCUCAUAUUAUUAUUGUCACUGGCCCUUUGAUUGGACCGCAACUUACACCUUCAUGACGAUGAGGGAUAAUUUAAAGAUGUCCUGAUUGGCUGGAUUUACUUAUGUCAAAACUUCUUUGAAUGGAUCAUAGUCAAUGCUUCACACAAAGCUCAAAAGUGAAAAUAUUGAGGAAGGGUGAAAUUGGUAAUCAGCUGACUGGGGCAGGUGGAAGAACAGCUGACAGGGCAUGUUUCUGAAUAUUUUGUUAUGUUCCCUUUGUAUGAGAUGAUGUUAAAUAUAUUACUAAAUCUUGACCACUGAACAAUAAAAAACCAAAAAAACAACAACAACAACAACAAAAAAACAUUAUUUAUAUUUUUCAACCUUAAAAGUAAUCAUGAAAUUCACUGCUAAUUUGAAAGCACCUGUUUGUACACUUAACAAAGAAAAAAAAA